UAUAUCAAAUCGACAUAUGAAUGAAAGCUAUCAUUGUUAAUAAACAAAACGUCAUCGAUAUAUCUAAAAGUCGAAUUGAAGGUCACAGCGAGAGAUUUUUUCUUCUCACGUAGAAGUUUUUGAAUAAAUUUUGCUUCAUAUGAAUAUAAAAACAGGUCAGCUAACAAAGGAGCACAAUUCGUGCCCAUGGGAAUUCCAACAGACUGUUGGAAGACCUGAUCACCAAAGACCACGAAGAUAUUGUCAAUGAGGAACUCUAGCAUAUUUUUUAUUUCAACUUCAGAGUACUUGUGCGUGGAAUCAGAGUGGUGUUUAACAAAAAUACUGACCAAAAUAUGGAAAUUGAGGAAAACAAGGAGGAAGGGUAUGUCAAUCCUGCAUAUGAUACCACAGUCACAAAUGAGGAAAUACGGUCUACUACAGAUGAAGAUAAGAAGGACAGACUUCACUGGGAUACUAUACAGCAGACACCGACAAAAACAACAAUCGAGGACUUGCUUUCAGACACAUGGGAGAAAACGGAGAAAAUAAUCAGAAUAGUCUUUGGAGUCAUCCUCUUUAUACUAACGCUAACUUCUGUCAUGUUUACACGCGUACUUUUUCACUUCGAGUUAUGGAAACUUCAAUCUUCGGUUGAUUCAUCUUUAGGAAGUCUCAUGGGAUUAAUGAAUGUUUCAUUUCCUAAUCGAACUGGUUGUAAUGGAAUUCAAAACAUUGCUUCGAAAAACGAUACAGAUGACGAAGAUUGUGUACGAGCCAUGGAUGUCCACGUGAUUUGGUCUUUAUUUUGCAUAAUUGUGGUGCCUUACACAGUAACGGUGAUAUACAAUUUAUGGAAUUUGGAUUUUGGAAACCUUCAGAAAAUGAGGAUUAGUUAUCUAUUAACGAGUGUGGUAAUGGAGACUCUUCAUUCUUGUGGCCUGGUUAUCUUGGUAUUCAGUGUUCUUCCGCUAUUUGAUCCAUUUACGGCUUGUAUUGUCUGCAUGUCGUUUGCCGUUGUUCCAGUAUUCGGCAACCAUGACUGUUCCACAGCCAUGAAGGAUCUUGUUCCGAAAAGUCUAUCAGCAUUUUUCGUUGUUUGUGGUAUUGCGUUAACGGCCGUUUACAUUUUCAAAUCUACAAACAACUACCAGAUCAUUUUACCUCUGUAUGUCCUUUCUUCGAUGCUGAUAUCCGUGUCGUUCUGGGAAAAUUACUUUACAAAUAGAAAAAGACAAGAAACUGAACAUAAUCAGAUUAAAUCAGUCCGAUCGGAAAUGUGUGUCAUUUAUUCAUGGAAGUCCGUGUUCACAUUAUGUGCAUUGCUUGUUGUUGUUGCAGCUCAAUGUGAAGAAAAUUCAAAUAGCUGCAUUGAAUCGGUAUUUUUCAAACGAAAUAGGUCUUUGUUUAAAACAUUUGAUGGUAGUGAAGUGUAUUUGACAAGUGUACCAAAGAACCAUUUUUGCACCGUAAAUGAGGAGAUUUUAUUGACUGCAGUAUGUCUACUUUUAGGGUUUUUUAGUUAUUGGUUAUCUGGGGUCGCCUGCAGAACCUCGUUUCAGCGAUGGGUUUUCUCUACUUCAAACACACUUUCUUUACUUAUAACUCCAUUACUAAUAUUCAGUUUGCUAUAUAGCGACACGCUUCCGGUUUUUAUUUGCCCGUCUUAUUUGUCAGAAAUUAUUAUCAAUCCUAGCUGGAGUGUUCCGUUAAAUUUGGGUUACAUUUGUGGUGCAACAGUUUCCUUUCUACUAGCGACUUCAAUCGUUUCUAGGCAUAUUUGGAAAACAGAUGGAAAUCGUCUGCAGGUUUUUUCAGAGUGUUUCCUUGGACCGGUGUAUACGGCGAUGUUCCCCGACUCUUCUUUGCUGUUUAACUUACAUUAUACGAAGAAGAAAGAUGACUACCCCCCGGAAGAAGAGGGAAAGGUGAAACCAGUAGUGCCAUUUAUCUACAUGUGCGCAACAAUGUGGCAUGAAACGGAAGAAGAAAUGACGCAGAUAGUUAAAUCUAUCUUCCGAGCUGACAUAGAUGAAUGGGCGCAUUUGCAGGCUGCUGCAUCAUCUAAGGAUGAUAAAAUCAUAAAUGUUAGCGUUAGGGAUGCAUACGAAUUUGAAGGCAAGUAUUGUAGUUUGUUUGGUUCCACUCAUUAUAACUCAAGGCACAUCUGUAAACAAGGUUUCUUAUUUUACUCUUCAGCACAAAUUUUCUUCGAUGAUGCAUUUCAGUCUGGUAAAGAUGAAAGUGUAAACCUUUUCGUCAAACAGCUUGUUCGAGUCGUUAACAAUGUCGCUAGCGAUUUGUUUACAAAGCCUCUGGGUUGCCCAUUGUCGAUAAAGAGCCCAUACGGUGGACAAAUACGAUGGACCCUUCCUUGCGGAAACAGACUGGUUGUUCAUUUAAAAAAUAAAGACAAGAUUCGUCAUAGGAAAAGAUGGAGCCAGGUAAUGUACAUGUACUAUAUCCUGGGGUAUAUGUAUGCCGGGAGGUUGGAGGUUGACGAGGAAUUUCGUGAAAAGCGUCAUGCAGUUCUUUCCAACACCUACAUUCUUGCUUUGGAUGGAGACACAGACUUCAUGCCACGCGCACUACAUCUUCUCCUUGAUAGAAUGAAGAGAGAUCCAGCAGUUGGAGCUGCAUGUGGAAGAAUACAUCCGAUUGGAAACGGUCCCAUGGUAUGGUAUCAGAAGUUUGAGUAUGCUGCAAGUCACUGGCUUCAAAAAGCAACAGAGCAUGUAAUUGGCAGUGUGUUUUGUUCCCCAGGAUGUUUUAGUCUAAUGAGGGCUUCCGCGCUUAGAGAAAGCGGGGUAAUGGCUGCUUAUACACAACUUCCUACAGAACCACACCAUUACAUACAAUACGACCAGGGUGAGGAUAGAUGGCUUUGCACACUUUUGCUAAAGAAAGGUUACAAAGUUGAAUAUUGUGCGGCAUCUGAUGCAUUUACAUACGCCCCCGAGGGAUUUUACGAGUUUUACAAGCAACGUCGUCGGUGGAUUCCUUCCACAAUGGCUAACAUUCUUGAUCUUUUGAAAGAUUAUAAAAGUCUGACAAAGAGGUCCACAGUUUCUUCUCUUUACAUAUUCUACCAAAUGUGCUUAUUUGCCUCCGCCAUUCUGACUCCUGGAACUAUUUUCCUGUUGAUACUGGGCGCUUUCAUAACUGCAUUUCCAAAUAUUGAACCAUGGGAAGCAUUGCUUGUUAAUUUAAUACCCGUUGUUUUCGUGAUGAUCGCAUGCUUUGUGGCUAAGGAUGAUACACAGCUCCUGAUAGCAUCUACAUUCUCUCUCAUCUACAGUAUAGCCAUGGUAGUGGUACUUGUGGGAUUACUAAAGGAAAGCAUUGAAGCCGGGUUUUGUUCCGUUACUACAUGGUUUCUUUUAUUUGUUAUUGGCGUUUUUCUUGUAUCUGCGAUUCUGCAUCCAAAGGAAUGUUCCUGCAUACUACACGGCGUCUUGUACUUCCUUUGUGUUCCAUCCACUUCAAUGCUCCUCGUCCUGUACUCACUCGGAAACCUUCAUGUGAUAUCAUGGGGAACACGUGAAAAUCCUUCAUCGAUCCAUCAUGAAAAAGCACCCCAAAAAGAAAAUGGCUUCAUAAAUGUCUGUGGAAAAUUUCUAAGGUGUUUCCAAGGUUUGGAUUUGCACUCAACAAAAGAGAAAAGUGAAAUAGAUAUCAAAACGGCAAUGGAAACUACUUUAAGCGAGGAAUCAAAGACUGACAAUACCAAAUCAAGCGUCUCUAUACAUUGGCAAGAUGACACUGAUUUGAAGUUGGGACAACGGAAAGAGUUAACUCCAGCGGAACGGAAAUUUUGGAGUGAACUCAUAGCAAAUUACCUCAAUCCUCUGGAAAAUGAUGAAAACAUGCAAAACCAAACGAAACAGAAACUUCUGGAUCUGCGAAAUAAAACCUGCCUCUUCUUCUUUGUUGUCAACGCUCUGUUUGUCACCCUGGUGUAUACUCUAACACAGGUCAAUGCCUACAGAGGGUCUCUUCAGGUCAUAUUACCCUGUACAUCGAAGUCUGGUGGAUCGGCAUCUAUCGAACCAAUAUCAGUGACAUUUACAAUUGUAUUUGGAAUUUUGCUUCUCGUACAGUUUUUUUGUAUGUUACUGCAUCAGUUUGAUACACUUUGCCACGUUGUCGCAACCACUGAAAUUAACGGAAGACUGAAAGUUAAGGAUCUAGCACGUGACGUUAAAGAAUGCAUAUUGCAGGGGACGCAAAUGUAUGUUGAAAAACGAAAACGACAGCAAGCACAAGUUUAUCCCAUAGAUGAAACUGCUUUCAACAUUGAAAAUAUUUACAAAGAUGGCCGAAUAAGUUUAAUGCAAAGAAAUAAUUCCGAUGAGGUUGAUGCACACCGUGUAUCUAAGUAUUACACAUCGACGAAAUAUCGCCGUACAAGAAAUCUUAAUCUACUACCAGAUGGCGAACAGAGAAUGCAAUACGUGAGUUUUUCUCCACCGAAACUACCAUACGAAGCCGAGGCCGAAGAUUCAUCUAUUCCCAAGAAAUCCAGAACAAUGAGUGUCACCUCACUGACAGACGUUGUAACAGAAUCUGAAAAACUGUAACAAUUUAGAUUUGUGUUUCCUAUGGCUAUACACAAUACAUUAUGCCUUCAGA